AUGGCGACAUUCCACGACCGAGCAACCUCUGCGACUCCUACGCAAUAUCGUGUUUUUGGCGAUAACAAGCGGUCGUCAUCUAGUGCUGAUGAUGAGUCUGCUGACGGGAGCUGGCACGAUGCCGUCUCUGCUACCACGUCGCGACACCCAGGAGGCCUCUCUUCGUCAGGUACCCAGGCUUCACUCAGCGCGAAAAGUGCCUCGUUAGCCCCGUCCAAUAUCACGCAAGGGAGCUUUAGCUCAGACCUCAGGCAUUCAGGUAUAUCGAGGAAUGCGACCCCACGCCCUCCAGAGUCGAUUAGCCAUGUCCGGGGAAAUGGUGCUGGUGAGAUUGAAACUGCUACUACGGAACAACGGCAGGCCAUUAUCCGUGAGCAGAUCGAGAAAGAAAUAAAGAUAAAGACUGGAACGGAAAAUAUGCUGGAAGCCUUACUGUCGAAGAAUAUGAAGCAGACAAAGGAGCAGCGCUUAAGGGUGGAGUCGGAGCUCAGUUCUUCGCAUCGGAAAAUAGCACAGCUUCAGAAUGAGCUCGAGGAGGAAUUGAUGCGGGCCCAUAUGACGCCGAUAGAAGCCCCAGAGGCUAGGAGACUGUCAACAUUUUUCAAUGCAGGUCCAGGUCGGUCUCCAUCGAGAGCAACUACGCAUACAACCGGAGAAAGCUUUGAAGCAGAGGAUAGCGAGUCAGAGUCACCAACAGUUGUACUUUCUGAGACGCUGCAAGAACUAGAAGCUGAGGGCAUGUCAUCAGAUUAUUAUGUUGAUCGAGCAAACAACCUAGUGGAUUUGUUCAAACGAUACCCUACUCUGAAAUAUGACCUGGAAUGGUCGGUGUUUGGCCUGAGGGUUCAAGUCAUGCUAUUGAGUGAGAGUCGUGACGUUGUAGCGGCCGGUUACAGGUUAACACGGCACGCAAUUGCAGACAGGAAAUCUAUCCAGGUGAUCAGGGCUCUGCAUACGGAUGAACUAGUAAUGCUCUCUCUUGUCAAGGAAUCUAAAGCCAGCAUGGAGCGAGAACAGGCCCUUAAAUUCGUUCGGGCCUUUCUAGAUGUUAAAGAUGGUGUUCGAGAGCUCUCACGCUCAGUGGUACGAACACUCGUAUCGAUUGCAGAGCACCGAGAUGACCGUCUGCGUAAUAUCUGCAUAAUGACAAUUGCUGAACUCCUCGUCAAAGAUCCAGCUCUGUUAUUCUCUGCUGGCGGUAUUGGCACCCUAAAUGAUGUUCUGGGUGAAGGGACAUUUGGCGCAUCCGAGAGUUUGGCAGCUGGCUUUGUUCAUGUCUUGGAUGCCCCGAAAAGCAGGAAAUACCUUCGAGCAGGAUGUGAAUUGAACUCGGUCUUCGCGAACUUCACCGAGACGGUUCCUGAUAGUGAUCGUCAUCUGAAAUUGAGGUUUUCCGCGAAGGCUAUAUCCGCCAUGCUAAAAACCUGGCCCGGUAUACUAACACUGGCCCAAAACCCUGAGAGACCCCUACAGUCAUUACUUCUUUCUUUACAGUUCCCAGACCCCCAGUCUAGAGAUCUCAUUCUAGAACUACUAUUCGACGCUCUCCGCAUCAAACCACCGUCAUGGUCAUCAUCAUUUCUGGCUGGAAGGCGGCUCACGACAUAUGGCCGAGUAGCCAACAUGAAGUCAGAACAAGACAAAAAGCAAUCCCGCACCGUCUAUGAGGAUGAGGAUAAUCCAUUUGACCUAACAGCGCACUUCUCCGGACUCAUACUAGCGUUAUUGGUGGAGGCAGGAUUGAUCAAUGUUUGUCUUUUGCAACCACGUGUAUAG